UUGGAGAUUUUCAAAAAAUUGUUAAACAAUUAAGAAUAAUGUCAAUAAAAUAUGUUCGAACAAGAAAACAGAAAGAAGCUUUUUUCGAAAUGGAAUUCGAAAAUAAGUUAACACUGACAGUUUAUGCUUUAAUUGUUGAAUUAUCAUCAUGCUUUGGGAUGAUUAUGGUUUUGAUAGUUCCAUCAGACUUGGUUGGAUAUAUCUUUCCAUACAGAGCCAAAAUGCCAGAAUUUAUACCAAUUGACGUCCAAAAAGUUUACGUACCUUUGGCAAUCAUUGUUAUUGGAUUUCAAAAUGUUGCUAUGGAUUUUUUGAAUGUCGCUUUUAUGAAUUUGACCAGAUGUCAACUGCAAAUGCUAAAUAUGUCAUUUGAUGAAUUAAACGAAAGAAAAGUGGGCAGGGUCAAUGUCGAUCCUGUAAAGCAUCUAAAUAGUAUAAUCGAACAUCAUACAUUAAUUCUCAAUAUUCGUGAUCAAAUUGAAAGCAUCUUCAAAUAUCCAAUGCUAGUUCAAUUUAUGUUCUCUUUAUUGAUUUUCGCUCUAACUGGAUUUCAAGCGUUUUUCCAAUCAAAUACUUCAGGUUUAAUUAUGGUUUAUUUAUAUGUUGGAUGUAUUUUAGCUGAACUAUUUGUUUAUUGUUGGUUUGGUACUGAAGUUUCAGAACAAAAUAAAACUUUGGCCAUUCGAGCUUAUGACAGUUCGUGGUAUAAUUUUGACGUUAAAUAUCGAAAGUCACUUGUUAUAUUUUUAAUGAACGCUCAGCGACCAUUCUAUUUUACAGCUGGAGGAUAUUUGAAAUUAAGUUUAUCGAUGUUUGGUCAGAUUCUAAGUAAAUCAUAUUCAUUUGUGGCCUUGUUGCGUCAACAAUACAGCGAUUAA